UGUUCUAGUGGUCGUUUUGAUCAGUCACAAUUCAUUAGAAAGGCUUCUUUUUAGUGAGCUUCUGCUGAAACAAAAGCUUAAUAAAGGAAAUUUUGCGUUCUAGCAAGAGAGAAGAUAUUGAAAACGGUUUUAUUGGUUGUCCACUAGUUUUAUUGAUUUAUCCCAAGUGUUGAAAGGAAAAGCAUUUUCCUUGGCGAAUGGUGUAUUAGUGAUAAAAAUUGUGAAUUUUGAAAAGAAAAGGUCCUUAAAAUAGGAGGAAAACUUGAAAACUAUUUUAUUGCUGAGGUAACUACGUUUUUUUUUCUAGCUAGACAGUACUCUGACCGUUUUUUCUUAGACUUCUAAUAUAAAUUUUCUAUAUAGUUCUUUUCAUUACUAAUAUUGGCAUUGGCUAACGUUAUUUAGAGACUCAGUGAAAAUUUUCAUACCAAGCCUUUUCUCAGCAUUAAAUUUGGUUAGCAACAAUUUGUGAUGCGAGAAAAAACCUAGGCAAUGUGAUUACUCCCCAUAAGGUUAUAAGCAUUAUGGACAGAGUGACAGAGAAAUUGAACCUUACAAUCAUUUAAUUAUUAUAUCAUCGUAACACAUUUUUAUGUUUCCGCAAAAAUUAUGUCCCUCACACUUGUACACUUGAACGUGAAAAAUACCAAUGAUGAAAAAUUUGCGAUAUUCCGUCAUUUUAGAUAUAUGGAGUGUGUGUUGAAUGUUGAAAAAAAAAGAAGAUAUAUAAUAUAUUAAAUACUCUAAGCAAAGUAGAUAGUACAUAUAGAUUACAUAUGGGUAACAUUUCUUUCUAGACCCGCGAAAUUCUCUGUGCCGAAUUUUUUUCUCUGUCCUUCUCAUGGUUCUUUUUGGACAAACAUAAUGUACUAUAAAUUCUAUAUAGCCGUGUAGACAAAAUGCUGUGUGAUGAGUAUAUACUGCCUCUUGUAGGCUCUCAAAGCUCUCUCGAUGUAUAUAUUAUACACACUCCAUACAUACAUCAUGAGAAAAGAGAAUAUGAAUGAUUUGAUGGGGAAAAGCUCAAAAAAGAAAGAAAAAAAAUCACUGAGUCUCAGUACACAUCACCAUCAAAAACGCAGCAAUCAUUGAGUUUUCAAGUUAGUCUUGUGUGACGCUUCGGUGGAAGUGGAAGGAUCCAGAAUUUUCUCUAAAAAGGGACCAAUAUUAACACUAUUCUGGAUUUUCUUUCAGUUUAUUGGUGAACUUUGUUAUUUUUUGCGUACCGCAGAUUACUUUAGUGCAAGAGAAUAAAUAAAAAAGUGUGGUGCAAAAAUUAUAAUUUAGCCUCUUCUGCCUAAAUCAAAAAAAAAGACGAAUACUGUUCAUAAUAGUAAAUUUGUGCAAACCGCAGCCAAAAAAAAAGAAACGGUGUUAAAUUCUUUACACGGAGAGAAUCACUGCAAAUUAGAAGAAUUUUUUUCACGACUUCAUCGACAGUCUUGAAGAACCAAUUCUUCAUUCGGCAACAAAAGAAAAGUUGAGGAAGUGAAAAUUUAACUAAAUAGGCUGAAUUAACUCAAAGGUUCUCUUCUUAAAUUGUGUGAAGAGGAUCUUCUAGUGAUACGUAAGGAACCUUUGGGCAGGACUAGCUCGAUUGUUGGUGUUCUAGAAAGGACACCAUUCCAUCUCGAAGGAAUCGACAACGAAGGAAGAAAACACGACGAAAUCAAAGUGCAAAGGAGAUGCCGGCCCGAUUCGAGGAUGUCUCUUCUGACACCAGACAUGGUGUCCCCAGGGAAAUGGGGAAUGGAAAUCACUUUGACAUACGAUCUUUUCAGGAUGAAAUUGUCAUAUCGGGAUUUUCAGGACGUCUUCCUGAGAGUUCCAACAUUGAGGAGUUUAGAAAUAAUCUCUUCAAUGGUAUCGAUAUGGUGAAUGAUGAUCCUCGUCGUUGGCCAAGUGGUCUCUAUGAUUUGCCCACACGCCUGGGAAAGAUUAAGCAGGAGGAUUUGGAGAAUUUCGAUCAGUCAUUCUUUGGUGUCCAUCAAAAGCAAGCAGAAGGAAUGGAUCCUGUUCUGAGGAUGCUUCUUGAAGCUACUCAUGAAGCAAUUAUGGAUUCAGGAUUCAAUCCUCAAGAUCUACGUGGUUCCCGCACGGGUGUAUACAUCGGAGUGUCGGCAUCAGAGACUGAGCAAUACUGGUGCAGUGAUCCGGAUUUGGUGAAUGGAUACGGAUUGACAGGAUGUGCUAGGGCUAUGUUUGCAAAUCGCAUCAGUUUCACAUUUGAUCUGCGUGGACCAAGUUAUGCCGUCGAUACAGCCUGCUCCAGUUCACUCUAUGCCAUGGCUCAGGCCUUUGAGGACAUCCGUGCUGGACGCUGCGAUGCUGCUGUUGUGGCUGGAGCUGGUAUCAUUCUCAAGCCAACAAUGUCACUGCAAUUCAAGAGGCUGAAUAUGCUGAGUGCCGAUGGUGCUUGCAAGGCUUUUGAUGAAUCUGGCGCUGGAUAUGUGCGAUCAGAUGGAUGUGUUGUGACAUUUCUGCAGAAGUCAAAGGAUGCCCGUCGGGUUUAUUCGACAAUCUUGAACAUUCGAACAAAUACGGAUGGUGCCAAGGAACAGGGUAUUACAUUUCCCAGUGGUGAGAUGCAAAAGAGACUGAUCCGGGAGACUUUUGAUGACAUCAAUCUCAAUCCUCAUGAUGUUGUUUACGUUGAGGCUCAUGGAACAGGAACCAAAGUUGGUGAUCCACAGGAAGUCAAUGCAAUUUGUGAUUUCUUCUGCAAGGAUCGCAAGACACCGCUGUUGAUUGGUUCAGUGAAGUCCAACAUGGGACAUUCGGAACCAGCUUCGGGGGUCUGUUCCAUUGCCAAGAUGCUGAUUGCCAUGGAGGAGGGUGUUAUUCCGGGAAAUUUGCACUACAAAAGUCCAAAUCCUGAACUCUAUGGCAUCAUUGAUGGACGUUUGAAGGUUGUUGAUAAGAAUACACCCUGGAAUGGUGGAAUCAUUGCUCUCAAUUCAUUUGGAUUCGGCGGAGCCAAUGCCCAUGUCAUCAUGAAGUCUAAUCCAAAACCAAAGACUAUCAGUCCAUUGGACGGUUUUCCCCGAUUGGCCGUGGUAUCAGGACGAACUAUUGAUGCUGUACAGACUCUGUUGGAGGACAUUGAGGCUCAUGCAGAUGAUGAGGAAUACAUCUCCCUGGUCAAUGAGAUUCACACCAAAAAUAUUCCACUGCACAACUAUCGCGGUUACACGGUGAUGGACAAGGGUGAACCAAUGCGUGAAGUAAUUGAAUUGGCUGAAACAAAGCGUCCCAUUUGGUUUGUGUACUCCGGCAUGGGAUCCCAAUGGGCUCAUAUGGCCAAGGAAUUGAUGCAAAUUGAUGUGUUCAGCAAGAGUAUUCAUCGAUGUGCUGAAGCUCUCCGUCCAGAAGGCAUUGAUUUACUAGAUGUUGUUACCAAAUUGGAUGAAUCUCGUUUUGACAUCUUGACCUCCUUCAUCUCAAUUGCCACUCUCCAAGUGGCCCUUACGGAUGUCCUGACACAUUUGGGCAUUGUACCUGAUGGUAUUGUUGGACACUCUGUUGGAGAAUUGGGAUGUGCCUAUGCUGAUGGAUGUUUCACGCCAGAACAAACAGUUCUGGCAUCUUAUUGGCGAGGAAAGAGUAUUCAGGAUACCAAUUUGACACCGGGAACAAUGGCAGCAGUUGGACUCUCAUGGGAGGAAUGCAUGAAGAGAUUGCCCAAGGACAUCAUUCCCGCUUGUCACAACAGCACAGACAGUGUCACGAUCUCUGGACCAACAGAUUCCGUUAAUAAAUUCGUGGAUAUUCUGAAUAAGGAGGGUGUAUUUGCCAAGGCAGUUAAUUCCUCUGGAAUUGCCUUCCACAGCAAGUACAUUGCUGAUGCUGGUCCAAAGCUCAAGAAGUCCCUUGAUAAAAUUAUUCCAAAUCCCAAAAAUCGCACAGACAGAUGGGUGAGUUCGAGUAUUCCUGAAAGUGCAUGGAAUACACCAUUGGCUAAGCAGAGUUCAGCUGCUUAUCAUGUGAAUAAUCUCCUGUCACCUGUAUUGUUCCAUGAAGCUCUGCAGCAUGUGCCCAAAAAUGCCAUUUGCAUUGAAGUGGCACCACAUGGACUGCUUCAGGCCAUUCUGAAGCGAUCCCUGGGGAAGAAUGUAACCAAUUUGAGUCUUGUGAAGCGCAAUCAUGAAAAUAAUGUGCAGUUCUUGUUGAGCAAUGUUGGAAAGUUGUAUGGCGCUGGUGCACAACCGGCUGUCAAUAGGCUUUUCCGUCCAGUGUCAUUCCCUGUUGGUCGUGGUACCCCUAUGCUCAAUUCGAAAAUCGAAUGGGAUCACUCACAGCGCUGGAUGGUGCCGAAUUUCAGCUCAGACAGCCAAUCGGGUGAGACCAUUGUGGAUUUCAAUUUGAGCAAUGAGGAGGAUGCCUUCUUGAUGGGACACACUAUCGAUGGGCGUGUGUUGUUCCCAGCCACGGGAUAUAUGACUCUUGCUUGGCGUCAAUUUGCAAAGACUCAGGGAAAUAACUAUGAUCGUUUGCCGGUUGUAAUGGAAAAUGUUGUUUUCCAUCGGGCGACGAUUCUGCCAGCUGAGGGGUCUGUGAAAUUUGGUAUUAACUUUUUUGAUGGUUCGGGGAAGUUUGAAAUUUGUGAAGGUGGUUCUUUGGCUGUUUCGGGAACAAUUCGUGUACCUGAGAAUAUUGAUAUGGAAGAAUUGCCACUUGAUCCACUGCCAGCGUCAAAGAAUGGCCUGGCUUUGGAUACAAAUGAUGUGUACAAGGAAUUGCGUCUUCGGGGAUAUGACUACAAUGGACCAUUCCGAGGUGUCGUUCAGACAGAUUCCAAUGCUGAUACCGGUGAAUUGGAGUGGGCUGAGAAGAAUUGGGUGAGUUUUAUGGAUACAAUGUUGCAGUUUAGUAUCAUGGGGAAGGAUUUGCGUGAAUUGUACCUUCCCACGAGGAUUGAGAAGGUUAUUAUUAAUCCGGAGAAGCAUUUGGAGAUGGCUGAAGAAUUUAGCACGGGAGAACGUGAGAGAUCUGUGUUCCCGGUGUACAUGUACAAGGAUAUCAAUGUCAUCAAGAGUGGUGGAGUUGAAAUGCGCGGUUUGAGAGCUUCACUGGCACCUAGGCGUCAGGGAUCACAGGCACCAACAAAGUUGGAGAGAUACAUCUUUGUUCCGAAUUGCAACAGCCAUGAUCUGUCUGAACAGUCUGACAUGGCUAGGGAACAUGCAAUCGCAGCAGCUGUCCAUUUGACCAUUGAAAAUUGCAAAGGAGCACUGAAAAUCAAGACAGCCGAAUUGCUCCUGGACAAGGCACCGGAGAAUCUCCUAAGUCCAAUUGUACAGCGUACCAUUGAGAAUGAACCGACUCUGGCUAGUGAUGUUGCUGUUAUUGCAACACAGAGUACACCACAGUUGCAGCAAGUCGUUAAGGAUGCAGAAAUUCGUGUUGUGGCUAAAGAUGCAACAGCUGGAGCAGUUGAAUCAAAUUGUCAUCUCUGCAUUGCUACGGAUAUUCUUCAGCGACCAAAUGCUGAGGUACUGCUGAAGAAUCUCAGGGAAUCUCUCAAGGAAGAUGGUUUUGUCCUACUUGAGGAUUCUGCCGUAGAGAGGAGCAAUCGUGACAACAAAAUCUUCAGUAAACUUGGUUUUGUUGUAGUUUCUGCUCAAGUCUGCGGUAAGAGAGAAUAUCUCUUGCUACGGCCGACAUAUGAUGUAAAAUCACGUACAAUCCAGGUGAUUAAUGUGACAGAGAAGAAUUUCGAUUGGUUGGAGAAUCUCAAGUUGGCCGUUUUGACGGCAGAGAGUGAGAAUAAAUUGGUGUACAUUGUGUGUCAGGGAGAGGAAUUAUUUGGUGCUGUUGGCUUCAUAAAUUGCGUUAAGAAUGAAGCUGGUGGAAAAUUUGCCAGAAUGUUCUUCAUUCAGGACACCAAUGCACCAGCUUUCUCUCCCAGUCAUCCACUGUAUGCCGAUCAGAUGAAGAAAGACCUCAUUACGAAUGUACUUAAGAACGGUACUUGGGGUACUUUCCGUCAUCUGAAGCUGGAAUGUCAGCAGAAUGUGGCAACACUUCAAGUGGAACAUGCCUAUGUCAAUGCACUGACGAAGGGUGAUUUAUCGAGUUUGAAGUGGAUCGAGGGUCCACUAUGUCGUGAUCGUCCAGAUCCAAAAGAUCCCCGUGUUGAACUCUGCACAGUCUACUAUGCUCCUGUCAAUUUCCGUGAUGUUAUGCUGAGUUCCGGAAAAUUGGCCGCAGAUGCUCUUCCCGGUGAUCUAGCCCAACAAGAUUGUAUUUUGGGAUUGGAAUUUUCCGGACGUGAUACCAAGGGUAAUCGGAUUAUGGCAAUGGUUUCGGCCAAAUCUCUCGCUACAACUUGUGUAGUACAGAGAAAUAUGCUUUGGCAUGUACCAGAUACAUGGACUCUCGAGCAAGCAUCAACAAUCCCAUGUGUCUAUUCAACGGUGUACUAUGCACUAGUGAUGCGUGGGAAGAUGAAGAAGGGUGAAACAAUUCUAAUUCAUGCUGGAUCAGGUGGUGUUGGUCAAGCGGCAAUUUCAGUGGCUCUCAAUGCAGGCCUGACUGUCUUUACCACCGUUGGAAGCAAGGAGAAGAGGGAAUUCCUCAAGAAAACCUUCCCACAAUUGACUGAUCGACACAUUGGUAAUUCGCGUGAUUGUUCAUUUGAACAAUUGAUAAUGCGUGAGACAAGAGGUAAAGGUGUCGAUUUGGUACUGAAUUCACUGGCUGAGGAGAAACUCCAGGCAUCUGUGCGGUGUUUAGGGCUCAAUGGUCGAUUCUUGGAAAUUGGCAAAUUCGACUUGAACAACAACAGUCCACUGGGAAUGUCAGUAUUCCUCAAGAAUACCAGUUUCCACGGUAUCCUACUGGACAGUGUCAUGGAGGGUGAUGAUGAAACUAUUGCCACAGUAGUACAAUUGGUAAAUGACGGAAUCAAGAAUGGAGCUGUACGACCUUUACCAACGAGUGUCUUCACUGAUCAACAAGUGGAGCAAGCUUUCAGAUUUAUGGCAUCAGGCAAGCAUAUCGGCAAAGUCGUAGUCAAGGUACGAGAUGAAGAAAAACAAAAGGUCCUCAUCCCACCGGCAAAGCUAAUCUCUGCCAUUCCAAGAACGUACAUGCACAAAGAAAAAACCUACGUAAUUGUAGGAGGCCUCGGAGGUUUCGGUCUUGAACUGACUCACUGGCUGAUUUCACGUGGAGCUAAAAAUGUCGUAGCCACUUCGCGAAGUGGCAUCAAGACUGGCUAUCAAUCCCUAAUGGUACGACGCUGGAAGGACAAAGGUGUGAAUGUGGUGGUAGACAAAAAUGACGUGACAACCCUCAAGGGAGCUCAACAAUUACUAAAAGAAGCCAAUAAACUCGGUCCAGUUGGUGGAAUUUUCAAUCUAGCCGCUGUACUUCGUGAUGGACUCUUUGAGAAUCAACAACAAGUAGAUUUCCGCACAGUGUGUCUUCCUAAAGUCGACGGCACCAAAUUCCUCGACGCCGCCUCACGGGAACUCUGUCCAGACCUCGACUACUUCAUCUGCUUCUCCAGUGUAUCAUGCGGUAGAGGUAAUAUCGGCCAAGUGAAUUACGGUUUGGCCAAUUCGGCUAUGGAGAGAAUUUGUGAGGCUCGACAGGUUGCUGGAUAUCCAGGAACAGCCAUUCAAUGGGGAGCUAUUGGUGACACAGGUCUUGUACUUGAGCAUUUGGGUGACAAUGAGACAAUUGUCGGUGGAACACUACCACAGAGAAUGGUAUCUUGCCUGCAAACAAUGGAUAUUUUCCUACAACAGCCCCAUCCUGUCCUAGCGUCAAUGGUUGUGGCAGAGAAGAGAAAGGCCGACAAUACGGGUAGAAUGAGUCUGGUUACUUGCAUUGCUAAUAUCCUUGGUCUCAAAGAUCUCAAGAAUAUUUCCAAUUCGUCGACACUCGCUGAUCUUGGUAUGGAUUCACUCAUGGGAGCGGAAAUUAAGCAAACUCUAGAGAGGAAUUACGAUUUGGUGUUGAAUGCACAAGAAAUCAGACAACUCACUUUUGGAAAGCUGAAGGCAUUUGAAAGUGGAGCAACGACACCAUCUCCAGUGUUGGGUAGUUCACUGUCCAACAGAGAUGACCUUGAAGAUGAGAAUGACAUGGCUGUGCAGGUUGAAUUCUCCCAAGAGUUGAUGCCAACUGAAGUUCUGGUGCACUUGCCAUCAAAUGCCGCGGGAAAUAGCAAACAGAGACCAUUGUUUGUGAUACAUGCUAUUGAGGGUGUUGUGGCUGCAUUGAAACCACUUGCAGCUGAAUUGAAUUGUCCAGUGUGGGGUCUUCAGUGUACGGCCGAUGUGCCCUUGGACUCCCUCGUGGACAUGGCUAAGUUCUACAUUAAGCAAAUGAAGACGGUACAGGGCAAGGGACCGUAUGUCCUUGCAGGAUAUUCCUACGGGGCUGCAGUGGCAUAUGAGAUGGCAUCACAGUUGGAGAAUGAACUGAAGGAUAAGUGUACAGUGAUUAUGUUGGAUGGAUCACCGCGAUAUGUGAGUUCGCACACGCAAUCGCAGAAGCAACGAUCGGCAAUUGCUGGAUCACAGGCACACGAUGAAGCUUAUUCUCUAGCCUACUUUGCCAUGGUGGCUGGGCAGCUGGACUAUUCAGCUGUUGGGAAGGAGCUGGAAAUUCUGCCCACGUACGAAGACAGACUGAGAAGGUGCACAGAAUUGGUUCACGAAGUCACCAAACACAAUCACGAACUGAUAUCCACUACAGCUAGUACGUUCUACAAGAAGCUUCUAGCUGGAGACACAUACCAUCCAACCGGAAAGCUCAAGUCCGAAGUCACCCUCAUCAAAUGCACAUCUAGCGUUACCAAAUUUUCUGAAGAUUACGACUUGAGUGAGAUUUGCGAAAAGGAAGUAAAAAUUCAUGCAGUUGACGGUAAUCAUCGCACAUUCCUCACCGGAGAAUCUGUACGUAAGGUAGCAGAAAUUGUACAGAAACUAGUUAAUUAAAUAUGGUAGCUUUCUUAUAAUCACUAUUACAUUUUGCGUGGUAAAGAACUAUUUCAUUAUUCUAAAAGAGAAUCACAUUUCUUGUACAACAUUCCAUCAUAAUGUUGUUAGUUUCUCGUGAGAUGAACUAACAGCGUCAAUUUAAAUUAAUAAAUACUUAUAAAAAAAUAUAGUUGAAUGUCAUUGGAGUUUAUUUUGUUUUACGAUGUAUAAUAAUAAUAAUAAAAAAAAAAACAGAGUAGAAAAUGUGGAAUACGCAUUGAAUAAUUUGUAGUGUAAGGGGAUUGAUAAUGUAGGGAAAGAUUGAAGUAAACACACAAAAAGAAACAUAGUAAAGAAAAUAAAUAGAAAAGAAUUAUGGAAUACUCGUUAGAAUUUUGCAUAUUGAAAUCCAAUGUAUUGUCACGUCACAUUAGCUUCAUUUUAAAUGUCUUGGGAAUUAUCACACAUAACAUAUAUUUUUGUAAUGAAUUGCACCUUUAAAAAUAAAAUAAAAUGACAAAUUGAGAAAAAA